CCCAUCCACAGGAAACAUACCAACAAAAAGUUUCAAUGAGCACACAUGGUUCUUACAGCAUGAGAUCCAAAGCCUCCUUUGAAAAUGAAGCCAAGGCCACGGUGAAAGAAAGUGGGGGAGGAGGGAGUGGAGGGAAGAGCGGGAAGACAAUGUCCUCCAACAGCAAGGAGAAUCUGUUCAUAUGUUUUCUGGUGACACUUUGGUACUCUUCAAACAUUGGUGUGAUCCUUCUCAACAAGUACCUGCUUUCAAACUAUGGGUUCAAGUUCCCCAUCUUCCUCACAAUGUGCCACAUGUCAGCCUGUGCUGUUUUCAGCUAUAUCUCCAUUGUGUUCUUCAAGGUGGUGCCUCAGCAGAUGAUCAAAUCGAGGUCCCAGUUCAUGAAGAUUGCAACUUUGAGUCUUGUCUUCUGUGCCUCUGUUGUGGGUGGCAACAUAUCCCUCAGGUACCUCGCCGUGUCCUUCAACCAGGCGGUCGGGGCAACCACACCCUUUUUCACUGCUGUCUUUGCCUAUUUGGCUACCCUUAAGAGAGAGGCUUGGGUUACGUAUGCUGCCCUUGUUCCUGUUGUUGCUGGGGUUGUCAUUGCAAGUGGGGGUGAGCCAGGGUUUCACUUAUUUGGAUUCGUUAUGUGCCUAAGUGCUACCGCUGCAAGAGCUUUCAAGUCUGUCCUUCAGGGCCUUUUACUUUCUUCUGAAGGGUAAAAUAUUCUACACCAUAGCUAGUAUUUCCGACUC